AUGGAGUCAUCGGACAGUCCUUUCAGCGAUCUGGACGUGUACGCGGACUGGUCUGGCGACCCCUCAGAUCCAGUCGAAGUCAAAAUCGAAGUGGAGAUCCACUGUGUCCCCUACCUCGACAAAGCAAUACUGAACGCUCGUAUUCCUAAAAAUGCAGUUUUGAGUUCCUCGCUCCAGCUCGCCCAACCACGCAAAGCUCUCGCCCAGCCCCAAGAUGCCAUCGACAGCGACGAGACUCUCGUAACACCCACAAACACUGCAUCCACGCGCUCAACCCAGGCCUGGAGCAGCAGCUCAGUCAAGCAUCGUCCUUCAUUUCAUCCCGACUCAUUCACCGAGAUCUCUGAUCAAGACAGCAUCAUUGUCCCCGACAGUCCGACGGAUGAUUUCCAUGGCGCAACUAUUGUUCCCGGUUCCUUUGGGCCUAUGAGAACGCCUAUUAAAACCAGAAAGAGGACUUUAAAUGUCAAAAAGCAGACACGGCCUCUGGACUCUGAAGAGAAAUCCCCUCUCGCCGAUAUAUGUCAUUCAAGGAAGAGAAGUGCGAAGACGGCAUCUUUGCCAGACUCUGUUACCGACUCUGAUAGACCUUAUGGUGGAUACAAGCAUAAGGUUGGAGUGAGUGCAUCUGUGCUGGAGUCUGGGGCAUCGUCAAGUGGUUCUGGGUCGACGAAGUCGAAUCGACCGAGUCUAAUCCCGAGACCUGUCAAUAUUGCCCACGCCCAGAGUCAUUCGCUUCAAACUGUAACUCCAAUUUCGCCGAUAUCCCCGAUGAAGAUACCCGUGGUGAAGAGCACAUUGAAAGCUAGCGAGGAUGGUGCUGAUGAUGAGCUUAAGUUUGGGCCUUUGUUGAAGAUGGAGGAUACAGUGCUAUGGAGCCCUACACCCAAUGGCGUUAUCACGGAUACCGAUGCGAAAGACCAGCCCAAGACAAGUGAGCAAAAGCCGGGGCAGGCUGUGUUAUCUAGGCCGAUACUUCCUGUGACACCCACGAAGAACAACCGAGCAUUGGCUGGAAGUGCCGAUACAAGCGAUGAUGUUAGCUCGGAGGCUUCGACUGGGCAUCUUUCCACCGUCGUAUCAUGCGGGACUCCGUGCGACAUCCAUCGUAUUUUGGAUUCAUACAGCGCAAGCGAUGACUAUUGGUCUGCUAUCACUGAUGAUGUGCAUCCUCAGGGCAUACGGUCAGGUCAUUUGCACAAAAAUAUCGCCUUGCAGUCAACCUUGCCCCAGCUCGUCUACGAGAAUGAGACUUUCGGCAUUUUCUGUCCCGCAAAUGUUCAACCCGCGACAUACAAAGCAUCCAUUACUUUUAUAAUUCCAAUGGAGAAGGGAACACUAAGGGGUUGGCUGAACUUUGUUAUCCCGGGAUUGCCCCGACUACGAAACAAUGACACAGGCUAUCUGUAUUUCUGGACCCCUCCAGGACAGGGGAUCGAGGUUCGCACUACCCAUUUCAAACGGCACACCAUAAUCGAGAGCUGUAUGAUGGGUCAAUUUCCGAUAUUCGAAAAAGUGGUUAUUCCGGUGCGGCCAUGUGACGGUCGAUUCUACGGUUUUCUUAAGGAUUUCAAAGUCACGCAGAGUAUUCGAAGCGACAUUCUUGUGAAGAAGUGCCAACAGAAUUUCUUCAUGAGGUAUCAUGCAGUGUGCUCCAUUGAUCUGAUUCAGCGUGUUUUUUGGGCCGAGAAAUGUGGCCUGACCAUUUAUGUAUAUGGUGGGCCUGAUGGAGAAUUCUCGUGUCACCUCCCUGAUCCCCGAGACCGAGACCGAUUCUACGCCAUCCAUUUGGAUACUGCGACUGAUAGCCGAGUUGGUAUCUCGGAGAUCCAAAUUAUCUGCUCCCCUUCCAACUUGAGCAUGUUCGCGGUGACCUGGGAUGUUCCGGCGCCUCGUGAAAAUGAUUCCAUCUGGAUUCCUCGUAUUCGAAGUGCUGUGGACACCGAUGGCAUCAUUGAAGAUCUCCAAUCUCGUUAUUUCCAGGCUGAGGAGGGACGAAGCUAUGAGGUUACCAAUGUCUCACCUACUCCUAAUGUCGAAAUUUUGGUACGUCCCAAAUCUCGACCUGAUGCAAAGGCAAAAGGAUGGACUUGGAAAAUAAUCGGAGUGAAUUGCUUGAGGCUUUUCGUUGUAAUUACGCUUGGCCGCUUGGUUCAUCGGCUCUACCUGGAAUAUUAUCCAGACAUCGUGCCCGUUGUAACCACCGCAGAGUCUGUCGCGGCCCUUUCUGUUGUGAGUGAGAUCAUCGAGUUGAUUGACUUUAUUGAGAUAAUCCCUGAUGAGCUUGAUACUAUUGAUGUGACUUUGCUUGCUGCUGAUACGGGUCCUGUUCCUGCUAUUCCCGCUACUCAUACCCCUACUUCUAUCCCCAUCCGCGAUCGAGUUGAUUACUUCCUGGGUUGGAGAGGCCCUCUCGCUGGACUUUGA